UUCAUGUUAUACAGCAUGUACAGCGAUUGCCUAGAAAUUGGAAGCAGCAUUCACUGGAGCCGGGUUGUGAUACUGGUCGAGCGUCGACCUGAAUGGCGUACCAUUGGCUCCAGGGCUUGGUGCUUUCUCGCGCAUGUUGGAACCGACCGCGGUGCCGGCGUUCAUCAAGUCGUCUUCAUCGUGAUCCCCGUCGUUCCUGUUGCGUCCCCAAAUUCUCCACGCCACGAAGGCAAUGCCCGCAACGACGAUGGCGCCACCGACGCCAACCACCACACCAAUGAUGGUCUUCUUGGCGCCCGUGCUAAGUCCUGA